GCAUAACAACCUUCUUAUUAUACAUCCAUGAUAACAACGUGUUGGACUUUAUCCAUACAUCUAUUAUUGGUAAAGUUAUCUUACUGCUUUGCAACACUCAUCUGGUAAGGUAGACUUGUGUCGAAAAGUCCCGUCUUCUGGCUUUAACACGACUUCCGCUUCUGUUAUUCUGAAGCUGCGAGUUCACUUCAGGUGACAAACAUACACUGUAGACGUAAACCUGUGGGGUGGUCGGGAGCAGGGGUGCCUCCCAAAUUCACAUAAAUUGUCUUUAUCAUGGCGUACAACAAAGAGCCUGAAUCUGAGCCUCGAAUCUACGGUUAUACCAGAACAAUUACCACAGUGCUCACACACUUUAUGUGCAUCUCCUUCACUGUGUUCAUUGCAGUUCUGUCUCGACCGGGUACAAGUUUGUUUUCUUGGCAUCCCUUCUUCAUGACACUGGCUUUUUCCUUCUUCAUGACAGAAGCCAUACUCCUGUUCUCCCCCCACGGCUCCCUCGCCCAAAAGUUUCCACACAAGACAAAAGGUCGUGCUCACUGGAUCCUGCAGUGUCUCUGUGUUACCUGUGCAGUCCUGGGUCUGGCAGCCAUCGUUUACAACAAACACCUGAAUGGUAAACCCCACUUCACCUCGUGGCAUGGUCUGCUGGGCCUGCUCACAGUGUGUGUGGUGGGGCUGCAGUCUGUGGCAGCACUGCCUCUCAUCUACCACUUUCUGGCCAAAGGUUGGUCCCUGGCCAAACUCAAACGCUACCAUGCAGCAUCCGGGCUCGUCACGUACCUGCUGGGCAGUGGCAGCCUGCUCCUGGGCCUCAGCUCUGCAUGGUUCACUGCGUCUGUCGGGGAAUACACCUGGUACCUGUCAGCACUCUGCACUGCUCUCAAUGCCCUUGUCAUAAUGAACCAAGUCAGCAGGGCGUACACGGCAAAAAAACGGUUGCAGUCCUGAAAGAAGACACAGAAUUGACCAUUUAAUAUAACACUCACUGAAUACUAAAGCAAGGUUGGCCUCAACGAUUUCAUUUUUCAGGCACAUGCAAUCAGCUUGAUUUGCAUGAAAGUAAAAAAGGAACUAAUGUCUGCAGCUACGUGCCUGUUGGUUAUAUCAUGAAGCACCAGUGCCAAAUGUUCAAUAAUUUUGUUUUUUUACAUGCUAUAUACAGGUCCAUUGAGGUCAUUUCAUCUGCAUAUCUUUUGUUGGGAUUUGGGUCAUCUUUAAUUUGUUUGAGUUUUCAUAUGAAAUGGUACACAUGUUGAGCUUCAGUUUGACUGAAUACUUCCAAAAUGAUUAAUAUUCCAAUCAGCCUCAGCUCUACGUUAUUAACAGGUAAAAUAACUGAUAUUAGAAUGCUAACAUGCUUAAUUAAACUGGUGAACAUCACAAACAGUACACACCUGUUAAGAAUCAGUGUGCGAGCAUGCUUGCGUUCAAAUUUGGCAAAGAAUCGCUGUGCAGCAGAACUUCUGGCAUCGCUCAAAUUGCAUGAACAGUGUUUAUGCAAUCGUGCAAAUGGCCUUGAGUUAUUGUUGAACUAUUACAACUCAGGUUGCCCAUCCUGCCUUCUGACUUUUUUUGAUGCCAUUGACUAUUUCUUUAGCCACAUUUUGAAUACAAAAUAUGUAUCGUACUGAAUGUAUGUUGUAAAUUUAAAAGCAUUUUCAAAUGAUUCACAAUGCAAUAGAAGAGUGUUUUAUUGUUAAAAUAACAUUGAUAACACAGUCAUAUUCUGCUCGCUCUAGGCUGCAUUUAUGAAAUUCUUACUGGAUCAGUCAUCAAUGGGUCAAGGUGAACACAAAGUUAAAAAACAUGAUUACAAAAAAAGAAUGUAUUUUCCAUCAUAAAUAAAUAACUUUCAGACGUUGAAAAAACGGAAACUGUCAGGUGAGUGAACACCAAUAGGAAGUUAUAAAAAACAUUUAAAAAGAAGAAAUAUUUAAUUAAACAGAAAUUCCACAUAUUUGACAAGAAAUGGCAGACAGGUUAUGUUUUAUAAACUGAUAAUUUCCAAGACUCAAAUGCAAAGCGUUUUUCGAGAAGACUGAGAAUAAAGACAUGGCGUCAGUAUGAUUUACCUCAUACAGUUAACCAACAGAUAUGAUACUUUUUCAAAGUGCCAGGUCAAACACAAACCAAUUCAAGAUUCCAAGACAUGGGGAAGAAAACUGGAUAUAUGAAAAAAAGGAAACAUCCAGAACUACCACUGGAAGCAGCAAUUAGUAACAGAAAGUGAACAGUACGUAGUCUGGGAGAAAAAGGUCCCCGCAAGGAAAGAACAUCUACAAAAAAAUACUUAAAAAAAAGGGAAUGAUCUGUUGUCUCAGGUUAUCCAGUUUUUCUAUAAAAUGCUAACAACCACUGCAUCUGGCCUAUUUUACCAACAGAGGAGAAAGACUUGUCUAAAUCUACAUACCUUGAGGUGUCUUCACAACACAGAAACACAAGGCUACAGA